AUGGGUUUACCUUUUACUUCUAUUAGUUUUGAUAUCAAUGAAUAUGAUUUACGUUCAGGGAAACUUGGGAAUUUCAUCUUGUGGGUUUACAAGAUCAAUUUACUUCUCUUUCUAUUUCUUGACAAAAGAAUGGCUAAACUUUGUACAAUUGCGUCUCUGAUUACAUUUUUCUUCUGGGCAAUUCUGGCAUUCCCAGCUUUGGCCUCCACGGACAAAUCCGAUGUCCAAGCUCUUAGAGAUUUGUUCAGGUCCCUGGAUAGCCCACCGCAGCUGAAGGAAUGGAAAUUGGAUGGUGGAGAUCCUUGCGAAGAAUCAUGGACUGGAGUUUUGUGCUUUGGAUCAUCAGUAAUCCACCUUAAACUCCAUGGCCUAGAGCUCACUGGAACUCUUGGAUUUGACCUCUCUAAUCUACGAAGUUUGAAGCAGAUGGACCUUAGUUCAAAUCACAUUCAUGGAGAUAUCCCCUAUUUCGUACUUCCUAAUAUCACACAGCUGAACUUGUCAGGGAAUAACUUUAGCCAAAGCAUUCCAUACUCAUUAGUUUACAUGAAACAUCUCCAGCAUCUGAAUUUGAGCCACAACACGUUAUCUGGACCCUUAGGAGAUGUGUUCAAUGGCCUGGAGAAUCUAAAAGAAAUGGAUAUAUCUUUCAAUAACUUCACUGGAGAUCUACCUACCUCAUUCAGAACUUUGACAAACCUUACAAGAUUGUUCUUGCAGGGAAAUAAGUUUACUGGAUCAGUAACAUUCUUAGCCGAUCUCCCACUAUCUGAUUUGAAUAUAGAAGAUAACCAUUUCAGUGGUCUUAUUCCAGAAAACUUUCGAGCCAUACAAAACUUGUGGAUUGGGGGAAAUAGGUUCAACAACAACGGACCAAACUAUCCCCCCUGGAAUUUUCCUUUCGACACUUCACAUGACAAGCAGAAUAUUACUAGUCCACCAUCUACAAAUUUGACUGCCAUUGAGAGCUAUCCUUCUCACAAUGUAGGACGGCACAAGAAGAAAGGGCUGGGUGCAGCUGGGAUUGUUCUGAUAAUUGGAGGAGGCACUCUGGUUGCUGCAUGCGCAGCUCUUUUCUUCUUGAUUCGCAUUCAUCGAUCUCAUAGGGAAAUCCUCAAAAGCUUAGGUAGCAGUAGAGGUUCAACGAGAUCCCCACCAGUUAGCAUAGUCAGAGAUCAUUCGCCCAUGACUGCAGAGUAUAGCACACACGUAUCAUCUUUCAGUUCCCCUCCAAUGAUUACACCCUCUCAUUUGCCCCCUGUACGUUCCAAAAUGAUGAAAGUAUCUAAAAGAAAAAGCUUCUCAAAGAACAAAAUGUCAAUGGGUGCAAAAAUUUACUCCCUGUCGGAGCUUCAAUCAGUAACAAACAGCUUCAGUGAAGGAAACCUUCUUGGAGAGGGAUCCAUUGGUUAUGUUCACAGAGCAGAGUUUCCAGAUGGAAUGAUUGUGGCCGUGAAAAGCAUUAAUACGGUACCUCUGUCCAUCAUUGAAGAAGAAGAAUUCCUAGAUGUGAUUCGGAAUGCAUCCCGAUUGAGGCACUCAAACAUAGUGACACUUCUUGGAUACUGCAUGGAGCAUGGUCAACAUCUCCUUGUGUAUGAAUAUAUCAGGAAUUUUUCUCUUGACAAGGCCUUGCACUGUAUCACAUAUAAGCCACUAUCCUGGGGCUUGCGUGUUCGAAUAGCUCUUGGUGUAGCUCAAGCUUUAAAUUACAUGCAUUCCUCCUGCAUGCCUCCCAUUGCCCACAGCAAUUUGAAGGCUGCUAACAUCCUACUCGACGAAGAGCUCAUGCCCCGUGUUUGUGACUGCGGUCUGGCUAUCCUGAGAACCCUGACCAGCUACAAUGUUAAGCUUAAGGCUUCUGAAAUGGCUAUUGCUGAUGGUGGCUACAUCGCACCUGAACAUUUCCAAACUAUCCAACCUGGGAUAGCUAACACAAAGGCUGAUGUGUACGCAUUUGGAGUGCUGCUUUUAGAGCUUCUAACGGGAAGGAGGCCUUUCGAUUGUUCAAGACCACAAUCAGAGCAAUCCUUGGUGAAAUGGGCUUCAUUCAGGCUUCAUGACAGCGAGUCUUUAGGACAGAUGGUCGAUCCAGUCAUGACCGGAACAUUUUCUUCCAAGUCUCUGUCACGUUUUGCUGAUAUUGUCUCCCUCUGUAUUCAGCCUGAGCAGGAAUUCCGUCCCACAAUGUCUGAAAUCGCGGAGUCUCUGGCGUGUAUGCUGCACAAGCCUGGUACAGCAGAUGGUGCUGAAGUUGACCCCUUCGACCGAUCAUUCCGUUCUACCAACACCCUAUUCUCUGGCUUGCCAACUCUGAGCUGCUACUCCGUCUGA